CCAUCUCAGCAGGAGCCGCCCGGCCUGCACCAUUUGAAAAGCUGGAUCACGGCGGCAGUGCCUCCCCGGAGGCUGAGACUGGGGGACAUGGGCCGGGCUAAAGGGCAGCUCCUGAGAGAAAGGGAGUCCCCCAGAGGAAGGUCCACUCUGGAGGCCGGAAACUCGAGGUCAAGACAAACGCGUGUCCAGCACCAGCUGCGGCCAGGCCCUGCCCUCUCGGAGCCCGGGCUCCGUCAGGGACUCAGAGGAUGGAGAAGGGCCUCCUGCCGCUGGGUGGACCCCCGCCUGGUGAGCGCUGCAGAUACCCCUGCCCGAGCCUUUCCCAGACCCUCAGGGAGCAGCCGGGCAGGGCAGGCUGCUGGGGACACUUGGACCAGGUCAGACCCACCCCGGGCGGAAUCCGGAGGCCGCAACGACGUCCGAGGCCGGGUUUGGGGGAGGCGGGCAGAGGAGGGGAGCCCGAAGUCUGGGCAGGAGAGGUUCCCCGGGCGCCCCCGCCCCCGGCCGGGCCCACGAGUCAGCCCAGCCGCGCGACCCCAGCCCCGCGGGAGGCCCCGUCGGACCUCGCCCCAGGCUCCCGCCGCCGCAGGCCCGGGGACCGGUCGGCUCAGUCCGGGCGGGUCCCGGGGCCUCCUCUCCCCGCAGCGACAGCGGCUGCCGCCGGAGGAGACGGGGAUCGCCAGCGGCGAGGCCUGAGGACACGGCCCGGGCCCUGGGCGGAGAGCUCCGCGGGGCGGGCACCGGGGGCCUCCGGGGGCUGCGCGGGGCGGGCCCGGGCGCGGCGG